AUGGCGUGGGCUGAAAAGUACCGCCGUUCGUGUUUCGUGAUCAGGCUUGGAAUCACGCCGGUGCUUGUGGUGAACUCUCAUCAACAAGUGAGUGAACUCUGGCUUCGUCAUUCUCAAGCAACAAGCUCCAGACCGGUGUUUCAUACUUUCCACAAUAUCGUUUCGGCAACUCAGGGCUUCACAGUGGGCUCAACACCCGCUGGCGCUUCUUGCCAGCGUAAAAAGAAGUGUAUUGGAAAGCAGCUUUCUCCAGGAAUAGUAGGCCUGGUUUGGGCUUCAGAUAUCAUCGAUAACCACUCGAAACGGGUUGUUCGGCACCUUCUAAGGAAGAGUAUGGCCAGGUUUGGUUCGAGAACGCCGUUGGACGACUGGUCGCUUCUUCGCCACGCCCAGUACUUCGUCUUAGGCUGUGCACUUCAGUAUACUUAUGGAAUCCGCUUGGAUGCUUAUGGAAAGCAUGCUAAGUUGGCAGAUACCGUUGCAGAGACCGAAAACAAGAUCAUACGGCUUCGGCUGCCGCUUGCCAACUACCAGGACUAUAUCCCGUUGGUUCGGCGGUUGGCGGUUUCGACAAAAGCUGAAGUGGCUGCAAAAUCCAGAGAUAAGUAUAUGGACCUGUUUUUCCGAGCUUUCGAGAUGAAUUUCCGGAAAAACAACCCGGACGCCGUUUCUUGUCUUCUUGGACGAGUUGCUGCUGGGCCCAGCAAGCUUUCUGUCAGCGAAAUCCGUAGUAUUUGUCUUACCAUGGUGAGUGCUGGUUUGGACAACAUAGCAUUGAGUUAUGACCAUCUCAUGGGCCAUUUGGCGACGCCAGAAGGGUACAAAAUGCAAAACCGGCUUUUCCAUGACCUCAUGGGUAUUUAUGGCUCGUCGCUGGCGGCCUGGAGGGGCGUGGCUCGUGAAAACCGGUCCGUCUACGCCCUAGCACUUAUUCACGAAACCAUGCGGUUUUUCACCGUUCUUCCGUUAUCUUUGCCCAGGGAAACCACCAGGAAGGUGCUUUUCAACGGCAUGGUUAUCCCAAAGGGCACGAUUUUGCUCAUGAACGCAUUUGCUGCAGACCACGACGAAGAGGUGUUCAAAGAACCGUACCAGUUCAUUCCAGAACGCUGGAUCGACGAAAAGUACCAGAUUGUUGAUGAAACCAAAUUACGUCAUUUUGGCUUUGGCGCCGGGUCCAGAAAGUGUUCAGGCAUCGCUUUGGCAAUCAAAGAGUUCUAUGUCUUGCUCUGUCGAACCGUUCUUGUGUUCCACGUGAAACGACCAUUAAACCCAGCCGACGAGAUGGAAAUGGACCCUUUCAAAGCCAACCUGUGUCCCUCAGCAACCUCGUUUGAACCUCGAGAGUUCAAAGUCUGGCUUAAACCCAGAUUUGCACCUGGUUUCGGUGAACUUCACACCAGGAUCUUCAACUAA